ACCUAUCUGUUAAAGAUAUGCCAUGAAUGACGUACAGAUUAUCAAUGUCCAUGAACAAUGCAGAACCGACACCUUCAAACACUCCUAUUUAAUCUUGUUUAUUUGAAUUAGUAACUGCUGAGAUCAACUCCCAGGUUGCAAUUUUGUAUGUUUGACCAAGCACCCUCCUUCAGCCACAUGGCAUCAUUCCCACGCACGACUGCCUAUAUAUGAAGCACCAUCCUUACUUGGACAUCCAUCAGUAGCACAGUCAAGAUCCAUGGCGCAAUCCAUCACCUUCAUUACUGCUUCAUUAGUCAUCUUCCUCUUUCCCUGCUCAUUUUCUGUGAAGACAAUCCCUGCAUCUGAUUUGGAUUUGAUAGAGUUUCCUCUGAACUUAGAGUACUUAGAGGCUGAGUUCUUCUUGUAUGGUUCUCUGGGUCAUGGUUUGGACACAGUUGCUCCAAACUUAACCAUGGGAGGUCCACCUCCAAUUGGAGCCAGAAGGGCCAAUCUUGAUCCUUUGAUCAGAGAUGUAAUCAUCCAAUUUGGUCUUCAAGAAGUUGGGCACUUGAGGUACUGUCUCCUGUCUCCAACCAUAUUAUUUCAAUUCAAAAUCCCUGAAUUUCUGUUACACAUGAUAAUGUUAGGAUGAAUUCUAAUAUGACCGCAGAGCAAUUAAGAAAGCAGUGAAAGGAUUUCCAAGGCCACUAUUGGAUCUGAGUGCAGAAUCAUUUGCAAAAGUAAUUAAUAGUGCAUUUGGGAGACCAUUGGUGCCACCUUUUGACCCUUAUGCCAAUAGUAUCAACUACUUGAUUGCAUCCUACCUGAUUCCCUACGUUGGACUCACUGGAUAUGUUGGGGCUAACCCCAAACUCCAAGGUUCUGCUUCAAGAAGGGUAAGUCCAAAUUCAGAGUAAAGUGAUGCAUAAACAUAGUGUUUCUUUAAACAAGUAGAAUUCCUAAGAAACCAUGUGCAGUUGAUUAUUGUGUGCUUUUGAACUUUUCAGCUGGUUGCAGGACUUUUGGGGGUGGAAUCUGGGCAAGAUGCAGUUAUCCGAGGAUUGUUGUAUGAGCGGGCAGUGCAGAAGGUGAGUCCAUAUGGUAUAACUGUGGCAGAGUUCACAAAUCGAAUUUCAUGGCUGAGGAAUUCGCUAGGACAUGGUAGACGAAAAGACGAAGGCCUUAUUGUACCUGAAAAACUGGGUGCUGAGGGUAAAAUCAGGGGCAAUGUGCUAGCUGGAAAUGAGUACUCACUUUCAUAUGACAGAACCCCAGAACAGAUUCUGAUGAUUGUGUAUGGAACCGGGGACAAGGGAGUACCUG